UCACUCAUCUCUCUCUCGCUCAUCAUCAACAUGAUGAAAUACUCCAAGCUUUUCACUGUGGCUGCUGUGCUCCUGCUACUGCAGAUUCUCCUCAUCCAUGAAACGGAAGGUAAUUCGUCAGCGGAUGCAGGGGUGAAGGUGGAGGAGAAGAAAUUGUGUACUUACAAGAGCGAGAAGUUCUGGGGAGUAUGUCUGAGCGACAUAAGCUGCGCUGAUGUUUGCAAGCGCGAGGGCUUCGAAGGCGGCGACUGUCAGGGAUUCCGCCGUCGUUGCUAUUGCUACAACCAUUGCAAGUGAUCAAUUAGUUCAGCACCACAUGAGAAGUGCAUGCGUGCAAUGAUUAGUGUCUCUAGCUAUCCUUCAUAUGAAUAUCAUCAGAUUCUGUUACAUAUAUAUAUAUGUUUAUCACCAUGGUUUAAUGCCUUAAUUUGGACAAUCUUGUCUUCUUUCUUUGA